AUGAACCGCCUCUUCGGCUCAAAGAGCACGGGUCCCAAGCCCACGCUCGACGGCGCAAUCAGCAAUGUCGACAGCCGAGUCUCCUCCAUCGACGUCAAGCUCGCCAGCAUCAACGCCGAGCUCUCGACCUACCAAGCCAAGCUAUCCAAAAUGCGCGACGGCCCCGGCAAGAACGCAAUCAAGCAGAAGGCGCUCAAGGUGCUGCAGCGGCGCAAGAUGUACGAGGGCCAGCGCGAGCAGCUGGAGCAGCAGUCGUGGAACAUGCAGCAGGCGGGGAUGAUGACGGAUAACCUCAAGAAUGUGAUGACGACGGUGGAUGUGAUGAAGCAGACCAAUAAGAGCUUGAAGCAGCAGUAUGGGAAGAUUGAUAUUGACAAGAUCGAGAGGAUGCAGGAUGAGAUGGCGGAUUUGAUGGAUAUUGGGAAUGACAUCCAGGAGAGCAUUAGUCGGAGUUAUGAUGUGCCGGAGGAUGUGGAUGAGGCGGAGUUGGAUGCUGAGCUCGAGGCGUUGGGCGAUGACAUGGAGUUUGAGGGGCUGGGACAGAGCGAGGCCACCCCGAGCUUCAUGGUCGAUGAGGUGCCGCAGUUCAUUGACGAGGCGCCAAAUACGGGGGAUAAGGUGCAGGAGGCGGCGCGGUAA